GCCACUUCAAGAAGACAAGCGCUGGCUGGGCUGCAUCGCUCCACUGAAGGAGACCUCCUUUAUGCAAACAAAUCAAAAAGGUGCUCUGCCUUCAGAGCCACAAGAUGCUCAAUUCCACGAGCUCGCCACCGCCAGGCCCGCCCUGCUCCCGGAACACGCUCAUCAGCCAGUACAUCAUCCCGGUGCUGUACCUUCUGGUCUUCCUGGCAGGGGUCCUGCUCAACGGCGUGUCGGGCUGGGUCUUCCUCUACGUGCCCAGCUCCAAGAGUUUCAUCAUCUAUCUCAAGAACAUUGUGGUCGCUGACUUUCUGAUGGGCCUGACCUUCCCCUUCAAGAUCCUGGGCGACUCGGGCCUGGCCCCCUGGCAGCUGAGCGUGUUCGUGUGCAGGGUCUCGGCCGUGGUCUUCUAUGUCAGCAUGUACGUGGGCAUCGUCUUCUUCGGGCUCAUCAGCUUCGACAGGUAUUACAAAAUCGUGAAGCCCCUCCUGACCUCCUUCGUCCAGUCAGUGAGCUACAGCAAGCUGCUCUCAGUGGCCGUGUGGGCGCUCAUGCUGCUGCUGGCCGUUCCCAACAUCAUCCUGACCGACCAGCGCGUCCAGGAAGGCAUGAGAGUACAGUGCAUGGAACUCAAGAACGAGCUAGGACGCAAGUGGCACAAGGCGUCCAACUACAUCUUUGUGGGCAUCUUCUGGCUCGUGUUCCUCCUGCUGAUUGUCUUCUACACUGCCAUCACCAGGAAGAUCUUCAAGUCCCACCUCAGCUCCAGAAGGAGAUCCAUCUCGGUCAAAAGGAAAUCCAGCCGCAACAUCUUCAGCAUCGUGCUCGUGUUCUUUGUCUGUUUUGUGCCUUACCACGUGGCCAGGAUCCCCUACACCAUGAGUCAAACCGGAACCUACUACAGCUGCCAGGCGAAAGAGAUCCUGCUCUACGUGAAAGAAUUCACCCUGCUGCUCUCUGCUGCCAACGUGUGUCUGGACCCCGUUAUUUAUUUCUUCUUAUGCCAGCCAUUUAGGGAAAUCUUAUGUAAGAAACUGCACAUCUCAUUUCAAGCUCAGAAUGACUCAGACCCUGGCAGAAUCAAAAGGGGCAACACAAUGCAGGAAAGCACAGACACGCUGUGAACUUCCGGCCCUUCCCACUAGACCAUUACAAGCUCGUGACCACCUCCAGCUGCCGGGAAAUGAGCAAGAGCAAAGAACAA